CUUCAAUUCUGCCACGUUUUCCGCUGAACCGCAGUAGCAAACGUCCCAAGCAGGGCCCGCCAGAUGGCAGAUUCAUGUUAUUCAUUCAAAAGAACACGGGAUACCCAGCCUAAUCUACUCGCUCUUGGCCUCCUUGGCCGCCUCCUUGUGGUGGUUAUCGAUCUUGCUCUGCAGCUCCUCCACCUCCUGCUUAGCCUUGUCCAGCUGCGCCUUCAGCGCCUUCAGCUUCUCCGCCUCGCGCUUGCGCAUGUACUGGUUCUCCGACGCCGCCUCGCGCUCCUGGAACCGGUCAGUCGUGUAGCGCGCUGUCGGAAUCAUUGCAGUCUUGAGGGAGUUGGUCAAACGGCUCUGGCGCUGGAUAGUAGUACGAAGCAUCCUACAGAAGAAUCUAUCCUAUUAGCCUGUGCCCUGGAUCUGGCCAUGGUCUCAAAAACAGCUUUGCAGGAGCCCUUACAAUACAAAAAUAUCUGUUGGAAAACGUUUCUGGUCAAUAGUGUGCAAAUACAGGGUCUCGGAAAGCAGCGCUUCCUGGGCUGCUCCCCAUAUAUAUACCAGUGCCAAGACCUGCGCUGCCAGCCCGGAUCUUUCGUAAGCCUGGAUCUUCGACAUCACACCUCGCCCCCGCCGCCAUGAAACUCCAGGCCACCAUCCAAAAACCACCCGUCUUAUGCUAAAACAGGAAAUGCCGUCAUCCCUAGGCCCAGCCGUACUUACGUUGUUGCUGAAAGUAUUUGGAGCUAGUGAUUUGAAGUUACGAAAAGUGUGUGUGGAAUUCAAAGUUGAAGAAAAGGAAAAGGUGCUUGCUGUGGUGGUGUCGUGGAAAGAUAAGGUCA